AUGGGAAGACGACUCUCGCUACUCUGUUGCCCAUGCUUGCCUCGCAAGCAGCGGGACAAUCUCUCCUCAAGGUCCCUCUACCCCGACCAGGACUCGUCCGGCCACGACGACUACAGCGACGAAGACGACUAUUAUCCCUCCCAUGCACGACUCGAAUCCCUCGCCCCUUCUUCUUCCUCUUCAUCACAACCCUACAGCAACAACAAUAGCCCCUGGCCGUCCGGUCUCUCUAACGGUCGCUUUUCGAAACAGUCUUCUCGUGGUAGUCACCAACGGAAACCUAAUCCGUUCAGGACUCCCUACCACGACGAUAAUGACGAGGAAGGUGAUGGUAGAGAGGCGGGCGAUGGUGCCAGUAAUGGUGGCGGUAGUGGAGGAGGAGUAAUUAGGGACAAGGGUGUAGGGAUUACGAGCUUUGCACCCUAUCGAGAUGAUAGCGGCAGCGACAAUGGUGGGAGUGGUUCGGGUGCAGAGGCAGAGGGCGAGGAAAGGGAGGAUCGUCGUUUAAGGAGAGAGCUAAGGAUGGGUGGCAGUGGCGAACCGAAGGAUGAGAGCACUAGCAAUGAUCAUGGUCAUGGCGGGAGCGCCCUUCAGAACCCGACGAGAGUUCACGCCAAGAUGGAUGUUUCGCCUUACAGGAUCUUUGACUCGUCGUCGUCAACAACGACGACAACGACACGCGUGCGGUCGGCACGUCCUCCCAGGAACCCACAAGGGAAGAUGCGGUGGCAUGACGGGGAUAUCAGCAGCGAUAAUGAGGACGGGGAAGUCGAUGCGGAAGAGGUUAUCGAUGUCGAUGCACUCAUCGCUGAACAGGAGCGGAUCACACGCGAACUGGCGGCUCAAGAGGAAGCAUUGCGUCGGGAGGAGGAGGCUGCGAUCUUGUCCAAGAGACUUGCAGCUAUCCGAGCAGCCGAGAAGCGUGGAUUGCUUCGGUUUGAAGGCGAUCGACUUGUGAUUCCUAAUAGCGAUAGCAACAACAACAUGACGAGUACCAUCACCAAGAGCAAGAGCAUUACUAUUCCAUCUCAGAGUCGGACAGUUCAGGAGCAUGACGGCGAAGGAAAGCAGCAACGACUUGCGAGGGAGAGGACGACAUCUUCGGGGGCAUCUUCGUUUGUUGGAGGGGUUGAUGCGUUUAAUCAGGAGCUCAAGAUGAUGGAUCUGGAUAUGAGCGCGUCCCGGAGCACCGAGAAGACUGCUGCUCGACCAUCCACAAUCACCACCACUACCUCAACAUCCACUUCGAGAUCAACCUCGACCUCAACGUCUACGAAUACUGGUCCUAGUCUGCGCGGAGCCGUCUCUACAGGAGUUUCGACAUCUAUGUCCACCAGCACUAACUCAACACCGACGGUGGCCAUCAACCCUCGGGAGGUGUUCAACAACAUUACGUCGUUCUUGAAGAAGGUCGACGGUGUCAUUGCUGGGGAGAGUGAUUCUUCGGACGAGGCAACGAUUUCGGAUCAGGAGCAGGUUCUUGGCAAGGGCCGUGCCAAACUUGCACGGGGACCGCAGGAGAGUCGUGUUCAUGGACCAGAGGAGACAGGAGCGUUGAAAUCCAAGGUGGUGGUUGCGGGAACUGUUGAGGCACCUACUGUUCAGAGAGCAGCGACACCGGUUCCAUUCGAUGCGGCUAAUCAGGGGGAGGAUGACGACAACAAUGAGCAGCCUUACCCAGAAGACCCCUUCAACACUCAGACCAGCGAUCCUCUCGACGACAACAACAACAGCAGGAGUAGACGUGAUCCCCAUGCAUCCAAGGAACGCAUCACUCCUGAUUCGCCUGGCGCCGAGAAAAAGGAGACGGCGGGCGAGACCAAACAUAAAGCCGCAGCAUUACCAGAACCAGCAUCGCCGGUUUCUCCAGUGUCACCUAUUUACGGACACCUGUCAGAAUCAGUUGCCGCGGUGGUGCCCGAGCGUGUCUUUAGCACCUUCACGUCGCUCUUCAAUUCAGGAUCGAGCUUCAUGGGUCUGUGGGGCACAGGUGGCGUUGGUGCUGGAGGUGCUGGUGACGACGAUGAUGAUGGUAGAGGCACCAAUGGAGGCGUCGCAGCGGACGGUCGCCGGUUAUCGGACCUGAAGUAUGGCGAUCCCAAGAAGCAUCGAUUCAACUACCAGGAUCAUCAUAAUACUUUGGCUACUGGAGCAUCUACUGCCAAGCGUGUUGACGACGACGACAAUAGCAGUAUUGACGACUAUGACUUUUAA